AUGGACGUGACGCAGAAUAUUUACACCACACUCGUUUUUAAGAAAACAAAUCGUAGACCUUCUAAAGACUCCUCUAACAGUUUGUUCCGUUUUGAUUGUGUCAGAUACGUCAGCGCAUCACCCAUGGAUCACACAGACUCCGUUCCUCUUCUACCCCGCUCCUCCGGACUCGGACCCGGAUUCCGGAUCCGGAUCCGCUCAGUCAGUGACUCACCUGGGGACGCUGCUGUCUGCACGAGGACGCACGAGCAGCAGCGGCGGCUGGGACAGGAUUUCCGAGGCUGUCAGUUGUUGGGAGCUACAAAAGAAGCAGGACAGGAAUCCCAUGCAGACCAGAGCGUGGUCAUCCUGCACGCCAAGGUCGCUCAGAAGUCCUACGGCAAUGAGAAACGGUUCUUCUGCCCUCCUCCGUGUGUUUACAUCAGCGGUCAUGGAUGGAGAGUCCUGCAGGAUCAUCUGAAAGCAGCUGGUUACGGAGACUCAGUUUAUGGCGUGUCUGGGUACAUGUGUCUGGACAGCACCGGUCACUCUCAGAUGGAUGCCUUCAAACUGGUUUUUGAUGAACAACCAGACUCCAGCCUGUUUGCUUGUGCCAAAUCCCUGUUCAUCUCCGACCAGGACAAGAGGAAACACUUUCGCCUGCUGCUGCGUCUCUUCCUGGGAAACAGACAAGAAGUGGGUUUAUUCCAAAGCAGGAUGAUCAAAGUCAUCUCCAAACCAUCCCAGAAGAGACAGUCCAUGAAGAAUGCCGACCUCUGUAUCUCGUCGUGCUCCAGAGUAGCUUUGUUCAACCGCUUACGCUCACAGACAGUCAGCACUCGUUACCUGUCAGUGGAUGGAGGGGCCUUCAUCGCCAGCGCCAGACAGUGGGCAGCCUUCACCAUCACCAUGGUGGACCAGCAGCGGACUGAUCAAGGCGCCUUUGUGCUGAGUGAAUCCUUCAUCUGCUACGGCUGUGUGGUCCAGCUUGUGUGCACUGACUCUGAAGUGGCUCUGCCUCCCAUGGUGAUUCGUAAGGUGAACAAGCAGCACGCCAUCUUGGAUGUGGACGAGCCGGUUUCUCAGCUCCACAAAUGUGCGUUCCAAUUCAGAGACUAUCCAGACGCCUUCCUGUGUUUGUCCAAUGACAGCAUCAUACAGCACCAGGCUCCAUGUAGUGCUAGAGAUCCCAGCAGAGUGGUUCUGAAUGACGGAUCAUGUUGGACCAUCAUAGGAGUAGAAGCAGUGGAAUUCACAUUUAAUCAGGGUCUGGGCUGCAAUCAGACACCAGUUAGUCCAUUUCCUGUUAUCACUGGGUUAGAGGUGAUUGGUGGAGGACAUGUUGCCAUGUUGGAGAUCCAUGGUGAGAACUUCAGUCCUCAUCUGAAGGUCUGGUUUGGCCACAGUGAAGCUGAAACCAUGUUCAAAUCUCCCAAAUCGCUGCUCUGCGUCGUACCUGACAUCUCUGUCUUCAGUGAGGGGUGGCGCUGCUUACGUCGUGUUAUCACUGUCCCGCUGUCUCUUGUUCGAUUGGAUGGCUUGAUUUAUCGCACAUCCUUCAGCUUCACCUAUACGCCUGAGCUCCAGCCACCUCCUCCCGCACGGGGAGGAGUAGGAAAGAAAGGAGGAGGGCUGGAAGGAGGGCAGAGCGACGAUGUUCUGCUGGAGUCCAUCCAUCAAGAGUUCACCAGAGCCAACUUCCACCUGUUCAUGCAAAGUUAAGCAUCAGGUCAGAGGGACACAUGGUCGAAACCUGAUUGUCAGGGGGAGGUCAGGACAAUGGAGAGGUUAGCUUGGACUGAGAUGGCCCUCCUUAUAGCAGCGGUCAUUGGUCCAAGUCACCUCUUAGUGCAGACAUUGGGAGAUGAGUUGGGACUUAAAAUGUGAAGACUUUGAUGCAACUUGACAGUAACUUUGCCUGAUGUCUGCUUUACAGUCCUUGUCCUGGUUCUAACUCAGUAAUUGCUGAGUACUCACAACCAGUAUGAUACACAAACCAACAAUUUUAUACACUCAAAUAUCUUCACCACCACUAAACAGCACACUAUUUUCUGAACUGA